GCUAUGCAGUUCAGGGGAAGGGGCCCGACGCUGGAAUGCGAAACUAUAAGUUAUUUUGCCGAAAUCAAAAUAUUGGAAAACGUCACCCCAUUAUUUCGGAAAUUAGUCUGCUCCCCUCGGGAGUCAGCUAUGAACCUCAGCGCGGGGGUGACUCUUAACAUUUGGGAUGAGGCGAGGUUGGUUAUUUGAGCAUUUGCAGCUUUGGGUGCUUUGACACUUGGUGUUGGCUCAGAGGAUGGCGCAGGGAGGCUCUCAGAUCGACUAUCACAUCCUGCAGGACCUCAAGCAGAGAUUCCCCGAGAUCCCAGAGGGGGUUGUGUCACAGUACCUUCUGCAGAACAACAAUAAUCUGGAUCUUUGCUGCCGCCUACUGGCCCAGGAGAGUAACAGAUACUUGUAUGAAGAGUUCCAUCAGAGUCCAGAAGAGGUGCGACUGAGCCAGAACCACAUGCUGCACAUCAACCUGGGCUUCCCAGGCUCAGAAGCAAACCAGUCUAAUGGAGGAAGAGCUGGAAUGGGACACUUGUUGGUGCACAGCACCAGUGAUAGUCACAUCGAACCACAGCGGCCCAGCUACCCUGAACCAUUGUCAGCUCCUGCCACUAUGGCUCCAUCCCCAGGGUACAAUCCUUUUUUUAUGAAUGAUCAGAACCGCUCAGCUAACACGCCCACCCCCCCUCCCACAAUUCAAGGCAUGUCCCCCACAUACACCCCUGUUCCACGAUAUACUAUAAACCCUAUAACGGUCACUCUUUCCCCAAGUAUACCUAAUGUCCCACAGGCUCUGCAGAUGAUUCCAGGACACUACCCUAACAACACCAACACCCCCCUGUACAUUCGACCCUCACCUUCUCAGAGUCCGCAACCAUCACCCUGGCCCUCCUCAGGGGCGUCGGUCUAUCAGCAUCAGCAUUCCCCCUACAGUACGCCCACAUAUGGCUCGCCUUACAGCUCCCCCCAACAUCAGGUCCAGCCACAACCUCAGCAACAACCCCAGCCUCAACCCGGGCACCAGCAAUAUGCCUUCCCUAUUAAUUCUCCAACUCAUCCCAGCAUGUCCUACCAUCACCAGCAACAACCCCAGCAAGCUAUUUACCGGCCCUACCACACAAAAAACCCACUGACAAAACAGAUAGAGAUUACUCUUGAAGGUCCGCGACCUCGCAGCAACUCGCCUGUGCACACCCCACACCCCCAGGGUCAACUUUACAUGGCCACCAGCCCUUCACCCAGCUCCCCAUCGAGGGGCGUCACAAUUAGUGGAUCUCCAGGACCUGGAGCCUUCCACCCUGGAAUGUACAGGCCACGGCCUGCCUCAUCUCCUCAGCCGGGCCAGUCAGCAUAUACCUUUAAAAUUAAAGUGUCCCCUGGAGGCCAGGCUCAGAGGCCACCGAGCUCGCCCCCUGUUGCUGAAGCAGAGUCUCUUCUCAACAUGGUAGAUCAAGGAGAACACAACGCUACCGCGCCCAUUCUGCCCAUCUCUGUGCUGCCAGGGAACAUUGCCAGUCAGUUUCAGCAGCUGCCCCGACGUUCAAGCUCAGGCUCUGAUGACUAUGCCUACACACAAGCUCUUCUGCUCCAUCAGCGAGCGAGGAUGGAGCGUUUAAUGAAGGAGCUGAUGCUGGAGAAACAGAAACUGGAGCAGCUGAAGGCAGAUGUCAAUAACAUGGAAUACGAAGCCCUUCAAAGGCGCUUUCGAAGAGUCAACGCCACAAAUCUUAUACCCAAACCUGAAGAAAUGACUGUACUCCGAAGUCUGAACAGACAGCUGCAGAUUGAUAUUGACUGCACACUGAAGGAGACAGAUCUACUGCAGUCCAGGGGGAAGUUUGAUCCCAAAGCAAUGAGCAACUUCUAUGACAACAUUCAGCCUGGUCCAGUAGUCCCAUCCAACACUGUGAGGAAAGAACUGGGACAGGUCUCAAAGCUGGUGCCGGCAGCCCCAAGAGAUGAGGAUUUUGAAGGCGCUGAGUGGCAUUGUGAAAGCUGCACCUUCCUCAACCACCCUGCACUCAACCGCUGUGAGACAUGUGAGAUGCCGCGCCACAGCUAAUCUUAGCACUGUGCUGUCUUGCCUCCCUCUGCAUCACCCCUUGCAAAUCCUUGGACACCAUGAGAUGCAACCUUACAGAAAUCCUAUUGAGGUUGCGCCCUGUCAAUCAAUAUACGUCCCUUCUACCUGCUGAGAAAGAGCCACUAUCCGCAUCUAUGAUAACUUCUGUCAUCGACUGCUGUGCAUUGUGAUCUUUGAGUUCUUCGACAGAUGAUGAAUAUCUUUUAAAGACUUUUUAAGAUUCCUGUCUUGGCAAAUGUCUUAAAAGGGAUGCAAAACGCUGCAACCUUAGUGAAAGUGACUUUGAAGAAGCAUAAGGAUUGAAGAGGGGGGGGGCUUUGGUUUACCUAGAGAACAUUCCAUGCAGAAAGUGACUGCCUUGUUUAUGCCGUGCCCAUUCCUGAACUGAAAACAGAGGCACUUUAAUCCAGGAUCUCCGACUCGCUGUCCGACCGCAGAACAAAGAAGUGUAUAAGUUGUAACUAAUGCAAAAUGUAGAUUGUACACUGUAUUCUGGCUCUAUAUGAGAGCUCAUUUCACUGAAAGAACACUAAAGACACUUGCAUACGAGUAUAUUCCUUGUACUUCUAUGCAUAUUAUUCCACCAUAUUAUGUGUUCAAACGACGUGGAUUUCCUGUGCAAAUUUCCUCAACUUGCUGUAUCUAAUAAAAGGAGCUGAUUUAAG